UAGUACCUACCUGCAAUUACUUUUUAUUUUUUAAAAAAUAAUUAUUCUUUAUAUAAUAAAAUAUCAUAUUCUAGUAUAUUAUGUUACUUCAACAUUUUUACAGUUAAAUUAUAUAUCAUUCUGUCAUACUUCUAAAUGUGUACGUUGAUUUCACAUUUUAACGUAGGAGUUAUAAAAAAAUAAAUUUUAUAAAAGCUAUACAAAUGAAAUAUUAACCAGAAGAUAAUAUGAUUUCUAUCACGGCAUUUGAUAUUAUAGCAAAAUCGUUUAAAAUACGUAAUAAUAAGCCUGUGAUCGACGACUAUAUAUUUCAAUGCCACUACAAACUAACCACCAAUAUUUUAUUAACCUUCUGUCUAUUGAUUACAUCAAUCAAUUUAAUAGGAAAUCCUAUAGAAUGCAUAACGAAUUUAUCAAAAAAUGCAGAGUAUAAUAAAGUUAUAAAUAGUUAUUGCUGGAUGUCGAAUUUAUACACAUAUAAUAAGAAACCAGAAUCCCGUCUACCAGGUCUACGUAAUAUAGAAAAUAACGAAAAAAAUAUAAGGUUUCAUUCAUACUAUAAAUGGGUACCAUUCAUGCUGUUCUUUCAAGCUAUGACAUUUUAUGUGCCCCAUUGGAUAUGGAAAAUAUGGGAAGGAGGAAAAAUACGCAUGAUCACAAGUGACAUGCGAGGAUUUUGUGAAGGUUCUUAUGAGACAAGACGUUUAAAACAAAAUAGAUUGGUACAAUAUUUCGUCGAAAGCUUUCAUACUCACAAUACUUACGCAUUCGGUUAUAUUUUUUGUGAAAUGAUAAAUAUAUUCAACAUUAGUUUCAAUAUUUACAUUACUCAUAAGUUUCUUGAUGAAUCAUUUUUAACUUACGGAAUCAAGACGUUAAAUUACUAUCAACAUCCCAAUCACGACCUAAAUCCAAUGGAAGUUAUCUUUCCUCGACUUUCAAAAUGUAAUUUUUUCAAAUAUGGACCAUCUGGCACUAUUCAAAAUGUAGAUGCUAUGUGCAUUCUCACUCAAAACGUUUUAAACGAAAAAAUAUACUUAUUAUUAUGGAUUUGGUUUUUAAUACUUGCUAUUAUAUCCAUAAUUGCAUUUAUGUAUAGAAUCGUUAUAAUUACGCAAAUAGUUAUGAAGACAACAUUAUUGAUAAACAUGUUCAAAUUCACAAAUAAUAAACAAAUUAUUUCAAUGUUGGUUAAUAAAUUUCAAUGUUCAGCCGCAGCGUCGAACGCUGUACCAUUAAACCCUGUGUAUUUUGAAUGUGAUGCUGCACCUGGCGACAGUAUUGGUCUCGGACAGUCGGACCGAUGUACCUCGUCAAUGUCAAACGCCAACGUUUGAACACCGCGACUGAAAGCUGCAGGGAAAACGUACCUUAAGACACCCAUAAUAUUGACCCAUUUGACAUCUAAUAUUGUAAUGUACAGCAGAACAGUACC